UAAUAUUUUGUUGAUCGAAUAGUAAGUAAUAUAUUCUAUAAGAAACUGGAACUAAUUACUCCAUAUCUUGCUUAAGAAAUCUUGUUUAACAUAGUCCUUAGGUUAUGUCUCAAGAGCUUCUUAAUUACUUAGCACUAGUAGUUUCAUUAUGGAAAUAAAGUUAAUAAUUAAACGUAUGACAUUUAACAUUAUUUCUUUAAUAAUAAUGAACAAUUGGUAACUACAAAAAAAAAAAAAAAAAAAAAAAAAAAAAAUCACUAGUCAUAUUUAAGAUGCAAAUUAAACAUUGCUUUGAUUUAUAUUUAUUAAUUUUUUUAACACCAUGGUUAGAUCUCUUCUCUCAAAACUAAAUUUGACUCCGCUUUGAUAGUUUCUUCAUGAAUGCCCCUACUAAAAUAAAUCAAUGUUCUUGAAAAAGUUAUGGAAUGAACUUGAAACAUCCUUCAAUUUAAUACUAAAAAAUUAGUGUACAAAAUAAACACACUUUAAAAUGUUUGCUCUUUAGGUAGGUAUUAUAUAGAUACAAGCAUCAUACAAUCAUACUCAUUUGUGCCACCACCAUCACAUGUAUGCUAAAUCUCCACUUUUUUUUUUUUUUUUGCCUCUCACUUACUUUUUACUAGAUUACUAUCUACUCCCUUUUUUUUUCUUCUUAAAAAUGGGAACUAAAAAACAGAGCAAUACUCUGCCUUUUGUGAUUGUUACAUUGUUAGCCAUAUCUUCAUUCAUUAGCUUAAAUGCAACAACCAAUGUCGUGUUACAAACAUCGAUCCAUCGACGUCAAGAUCAUGUAGUUAACAAGCUCUUAAAGCAGAAAAAAGUAGAGCUAAAAAACUGCAAUAUUUUCCAAGGUCAAUGGGUUUGGGAUCCUUCUUAUCCUAUGUAUGAUUCGUUACAAUGUCCGUGCAUUCGAAAGGAGUUCGAUUGCCGGAAAUAUGGCCGCCCCGAUAAGUUUUAUCUCAAGUUCCGGUGGCAGCCAGAAGAGUGUGAUCUUCCCAGGUUUGAUGGAGUGGAUUUCCUAAAGAGAAUGAGUGGAAAGAAGAUAAUGUAUGUUGGGGAUUCACUUAGUCUUAACAAUUGGCAAUCAUUAGUUUGCCUACUUCACGCUGCUGUUCCUAACUCCAAUAUCAAACAACAACAAACUGUUGGUGGAAUCAAAUCUUGGAUUUUCGAGGAUCAUAAUGUGUCAGUACUGCUAUAUCCUUCUUCGUACCUAGUCGACAUUGACAACGAGCAAAAAGGUCGAGUUUUGAAGCUCAACUCAAUUAAAGGUGGUGACAUGUGGAAGGAUAUGGACGUUUUGAUUUUCAACACUUGGCUUUGGUGGAGUCGGACGGGGCCUAAGCAACCAUGGGACUAUAUUCAGGAUGGGAUGGUGACAUCAAAGGAUAUGAACCGCAUGGAUGCAUAUAGAAAAGCAUUAAUGACUUGGGCAAAAUGGGUUGAUUCCGAAAUUGAUCCUAUGAAGACUAGAGUUUUCUUCCAAGGAACCAAUCCUUCACAUUACAAUGGACAAGAGUGGAAUGCAACAGGGGUGAUGGAUUGUUCAAAGGAGACAAUGCCUAUGAAAGGAUCAACUUACCCAGGUGUAUUACCACCAGCAUUAGAGGUGGCUAAACAAGUUAUAAGUACGAUAUCGAAAUUCGUUUAUCUACUUGAUAUCACAACCCUCUCACAACUAAGGAAAGACGGGCACCCGAGUUCUUAUAAUGGUUUUAAGGGUAUGGAUUGUACUCAUUGGUGUGUAGCUGGUCUUCCUGAUACUUGGAAUCAACUUUUGUACACAGUUCUUAUCAUGUAAAUUUUAGCAAUAAAAAAAUUUAUGGGAGUAUGUCAUUGCACUUCCCAUAUACUUGUAGUUAAUGUAAGUACUUAUUAUAUUUUGUAAAACCCAUACAAUGAUACAAUUAAUUAUUGGAUUCUUAGUAGACAAUCAUGAGAAUUUAACAUAGUCCG